AGGUAAGGCUUUCGCGUGCCUAAGAAGAUCUGAUCUCGCGGCAGGGCCCGAGAAUUAAAACAGGGCAGCAGCCGCGGAGAUUUAUGAGGAGAGGCCUGAGGAGGUGGAGGAAGCAGGUAAUCCGAUUUUAGGAAACAGAGCUCUGGGAAAUGGGGCCGAUCGAGCUGGAUCUGGGCCUGCUCGUGCUCUAUCUUCACCAACAGGAGGAGGAAGAGGUGCCCAUGGAGGGAGAGGUGGCCAUGGAGUGGGAGGAGGGCGCGGGUGGCCGGGGUUGGCCGCGGAUCUCUGAAUCUGGCUCCGGGAGGAUUAGGCCAUGGUUCUGAGGCGGCUCGAGGAGGGGGUGCCCCGGGAGGAGGAGGCCAUGGUUCUACUCUAGGAGGAGGACGCCGCGGUUCUUCUCCGGGAGGAGGAGGCCAUGGAUCAUCGCCAGGAGGAGGCCAAGCCUGGGUGGGAGGAGCCGAAGCCACAGCGGGAGGAGUCCAAGCCGCGCCCGGAGGAGCCCAAGCCACGUCCGGAGGCGUUCCCCUGGAGCACAGCGUGCCGGGAGCUCCAACUGCUUUGAGAACCAGAGAUGGCUUUGAGUUUACAUUUCUUAGGUUGCAUGCAUGCAUGAGUGAUUGAGAGCUCCCGGCGGGGUCAUGAAGAAGAGGGAGAUGACAGCGUCCCCGAUCUGGAACAAGACCCGGAUGCUCACAUGGAGGAGCUCGACGACGAGGCUGUCCAGUUUGUGAAUACCUUGGGUUUUGCUGCACCUGCUGCUGCGAAGAGAACCCGGGGAAAGAACUGGAACCAUGCUGAGACCAUGCUCCUGAUUGAUCUCGUUCGGGAAAAACAUCUCGCGAAGAUUGCGGGGGAGGGAGGAGCAGCCAGCAUGUUCUCAUGACGAAGACACAGCGCUGGAAUCUCAGCUUUCACCGUUUUGCUUUAGGGUUUAAAUGCACAUUGCGGAUGACAAGAGCCCCGCUGCCUGUGAUUGGGAGGAGGUUUUGCAUCGGCCUGUGGUGGGUGAAGCCUCGAAAUGUCACCACCUGGAGUAAGUUUUCUUUGGAGUAUUAUGAUGUGGGGAGGUGGAAGAGGAAACUUCAGAUGGAGAAGAGGACCUUCUUCACCAUUUGUGGCAUGCUGGAGAGCGAGAUCCGGAAGCAAGAUACCGGUUGGAGGAGUGUGUUGCCGGUGGAUGUUCGACUGGGGGUGACUUUGUACAAGCUUUUCAAGAACACAGAUUACUUGGAUCUGGUGGACAAGUUCAGCAUCGGGGAGUCCACAGCUCAUGAGAUUGUCAUGGACACUACUGCGGCGAUUGUCAAGUGUCUCAGGUACAAGAUUCAUUUUCCUUCAACUGCCAAGGUGGUUCGAGCUGUUGCUGCUGGCUUUCGACAAGUGACAGGAACCCGACUGCCUAAUGUUGCUGGAGCGAUCGACUGUACUCCGAGAUCAUCCGACCUACUAGACUGGAUGGCGAGAGCUACUACGAUCGGAAGCAGUGGUACUCGGUCAUCUUGCAAGGGGUUUGUGAUGCCCAGAAGAGGUUCCUCAGUGUCUACGCUGGGUGGCCAGGACGCGUCCACGACAUGAGGGUUUUUCGUAAUUCAACCCUCAGGAACAAGAUUGUAGCAAGGGAGCUGCUGACAUCGCCCGUGGUGUUAGCAUAUGACGAUAGGAUCAAGCCAUACCUAGUGGGGGACAAAGGGUACCAACUCCAGAUUCCACACAAGUCUUCUUCAUUCUACUUUCUUUUGUUCACUUGUUUUGGUUGUCGAACCUGACACCAUCCAAGGCAGCUUUCAACCUUCAUCCACCUUGCUCGGAUUGUUAUUGAGCAAGCAUUUGGACUUCUUAAAAUGAAGUUCAGAUUCUUGGAUCAGAAACAAAAAGUACCUUCCCAACAUCAUCAAGAGUUGUUGCAUCUUGCACAAUUUCUUGAUUGAUGUUGGGGAGACUGAUCUUCGGGUGGAGAUCCAAGCUUGGAGGAAAGAGGUGAAAAGGCUCAAGGACCAGGACCUCUUUGUCGAUUAUGGUGAUCCCGAGCAAGCGGAAGGGGAACCUUGUGAGGAGUUGCACAGUCCAGAGGAUGCGAAAGAGGUUAGAGAGAACCUCACGUUUUCCCUGUGUCUUUGCCAGUGGCGUUCGUGUUUGCUUUGAAAUUUGCCGGGAUAUAAUUCUAAACAUUUGAAUUUGAAUUUGAAAUUUCAAAAUUUGAAUUAA